UCCCUCGGGGGGACGGGGACACCGCGGCGCCCGCGGCCUCUGCGUCAGCUCCUCCGCCAGCUUCAAAACGCCGCGGCGAGGCGGGUGGGGAGGAAGUGGGAGCUGAGCACAGAACAGCACCAUGUCAGAGCUGGAGCAGCUGCAGCAGCAUCACAUCCCCGAGGGUCGACAGGUCCUACGUGACCACCACGGCAACCUGCACAGGGUCGCUGACUACUGCGAGAGCAACUACCUGCAGGCCAGUGACAAGCGAAAGGCUCUGGAGGAGACGAUGGCUCUGAGCACACAGUCCCUGGCCAGUGUCACCUACCAGGUCAGCAGCUUGGCCACUGCCUUCCUGAGGCUGCUGGACCUGCAGGCAGCACAGCUGAGCAAGGUGGAGGCCGAUGUCGCCUGCGUGGCCCAGAUGGUUGACAUCCACAAGGAGAAGGUGUCCCGCCGGGAGAUCGGCUCCUUGACCAUCAGCAAGAAGUUCCCAUCCUACCAGAAGGUUGUGCCCCCUCCCAACCCUCCUGACCUGGAGCCCUACUACAGGAAACCUCUCAACUUCAGCGUCCUGGAUGACAUUGGCCAUGGCAUAAAGGACCACAGCACCCAACUGUCCCGCACCGGCACCCUCGCUCGGAAGGGAACCAAGUCAUCCCUGCAGGCUGCAGGAACCUUGGGGAGAAGCACACGUAUCCCUGAGCCCAUCCAGCCACCUGUGAUUCCAGAGGGGAAACUCUCUGCAGCCUCUUCCACCUCCUCCUUGACAUCCACCAG